UCGAGGUGCCCAUUGUCAUCGUGCUUGGGACGGACGCGACGGCGACUCUCCAAUUGCAAAACCCAACCAAAACCCUCCCCUUCGUUUUCCCCCAAGGCCCCGAGACUCUGCCCGCUCCCCGCCAUGGCUCCAGGUGCCCUAGCCCGCCUCCUCCGCCUCGCGCCCACCCCUCGCCUUGCGCGCCCCUUCGCCGCAAAGGCCCGCGCGUCUCGUCGGCCGCAGGAACCGGAGCUUCCGUCGGAGGACGACAACGACUUCGCUGGCGGCGAGGUUGCCGCACCCACCGAGGGCAUCGGCAGGCCGCUCGCCGAGGUGCUCAAGGAGCUCGGGAAGAGGGUUCCGGACUCCCUCGUGAAGACCCGCGUCGAGGAUAAUGGCUUCGCCAUCAAGUACAUCCCAUGGCACAUUGUGAACAAAAUUCUUAACAUACAUGCUCCAGAGUGGUCUGGCGAGGUCCGCAGCAUUGUUUACUCAUCUGAUGGGAAAUCAGUAUCUGUUGUCUAUCGAGUGACUCUUCAUGGGAUUGAUGCAGAGAUCUAUAGAGAGGCCACUGGAACUGCUUCUGUUGAUGAUACAAGCUAUGGUGAUCCCGUACAGAAGGCAGAAGCUAUGGCUUUUCGUCGUGCUUGUGCACGUCUUGGUCUUGGACUUCAUCUCUACCAUGAAGAUGUGUCAUAGAUGACUAAUGUUAGUGUUUGUGGCAUGAGCUUUUGCAUACUUCCAGUUUGUCGCGGACUAUUGUCCCUUAAUGGGCUACCCAUUUGCACUAGACAUGCUUCUUUUUCUUAAAUGUGAUAUGGAUGUGCAAGUGUUUGAAGUUUAGGCUGUCGUGCUAUAUGUAAGCUACCAGAGUACCAAUGCAACUACUGUUCUGAGCUGUUUGCUUGUUAUGAAGCAGCUUGUUCCAAUGUCUAAAUUCCU